AUGGAGGAAAUUCUCGAGGAUCAGCUGGCAUUAGCGGAAAUUCUCAGCAACUUCAGAACGGUGAUGCUGAAAGCACCAAGAGAGAAAAGAACUACAAGUUGGUUCAAAACGCAAUUAGAACAACUCGAGAGUCUAUGGAGUGAUUUCCUUAAAGCCCACAAGAAGCUGAUCCGCUGGUCAGAAAAGGACAAAGAACAGCGUCCCUAUUUCCAAGACGACAUGUUUGCUGCGGGCCAGAACCAGUAUAUCGCGGUAAAAACGGAAAUUUUGGAUGUUCUGAGCCCCGGCCGGAGACAGACCUCAAUUCAAGCGGAUUCACAGUAUGCUGGAGUCAGCUUUGAGACUCCGCAAUACAAGACACCACUACCGUCGAUGCAGCUUCCGCAGUUUUCGGGCAAUCAGUUGGAAUGGGAGACGUUCAAGGGAAUGUUUCUGGCACUCGUACACGACGUACCUACGUUCCCGCCGAUUUUAAAAUUACAAUAUUUGAUUCGAUCAUUGACGGGAGAAGCAGCUAAUAGACUCAAGAACGUACAGAUUGUCGGAGAAAAUUAUGAGAGUUCAUGGCAGGCUAUUCAAGCCAGAAAAUCAGUAGAAGAGGUGCGUAGACUGGUGGAUCUAGUGCGCGAGUCCAAGCAGGCGCUCGAUAACUUGAAUGUAGAGCCGGCUCGUAUGUCGGAAUUGUGGCUGAUUCACCACACCAUUCAUAAAUUGGAUCAAUCAACGCGUCUGGAUUGGGAACGACACGCCGACGAACUCACGAGCUUCCCGUCCUACGAUGAGCUCAUAAGCUUCCUCGAGCGUUACAUACGAGUGCUGGACGCAGCUAGCACAACAUCGGCGGGGCCGCAGCCAUCUACAUCGAGUGAAAAUUCGGCGGUUAAAUCGGCAAAAAGCGCGCCAAGUAAAUAUAAACAAGUAUCAGCCCAUGCGACCAGUACGCAAGUAGCUCGAAAGCCAACCGCUCGCACAUGCGCGCUGUGUCGAGGCACGCACGUAUUGUACUCGUGCCAGAAGUUCCUCUCUCUGCCUCAGUCGCAGAGGUAUGAGGUGUGCAGGAGGGAGAAAUUGUGUUUGAACUGCCUUUCGGGAUCCCACUUCGCGCGAGACUGCCAAUCAGAGAAGCGAUGUUUAGUGUGUCAAGCAAAACAUCACACCAAACUUCAUGCAGAUACUCGGACACAACAGGAAUCUACUGAUACAUCAAAUGAGCGAGCUGGCACUGGAGCUCCGAUCGACGGAAAUGAGGACCCACCAGCAUCGGUUUACUUCGCGGGACAGGACAUGUCUAGAAGGCGAUCGGACGAUCAAUUGAUACUGCUCGCGACAGCGCGAAUAGUUUUGUUGGAUUCAUUCGGCAAUGAGCUGCAAGUUCGAGCUUUAAUAGACCCUUGUUCGCAACGCUCUUUUGUCACGGAACGCGCAAUGAAAGCACUGUGCGUUAAAAUGGAUAAGGUAUCUGUGAAUAUCAAGGUAAUGGGCGGGUCUCACGCGUCAACAGCACGGAAAGAAGCACGCGUGACGAUAAAGUCCAAGAUGAUGCCCGAGUUUACUACAUCCGUAGUUGCCUUGGUUAUGAGCGAGCUUACUGGAUUGAUGCCGAGGAUUCAGCUGCAGAUCACUCGAUGGUCACACCUGAAAGGAGUGCAGCUGGCGGACCCGGCUUUUCACAGACCCGAUCGCGUGGACUGUGUGAUUGGGGCUGACAUGUACACGAGCAUCUUACUCGACGGAUUGAAGAAGGGACCCGAGGGCACUCCGGUAGCGCAGCGAACGGUUUUUGGCUGGAUAUUGACGGGUGAGGGCGGUGAUGAAUCGACGAGCCGGCCCCAGGAGGUGACAGCUUUCCACACCAUUGCUGAGCCAACGCUGAAUCAACUGUUGGAAAAAUUUUGGCAAAUCGAGGAUAUAGCCCAAACAAAGCAUUGGACGACGGAGGAACAGUUUUGUGAAGACUACUUCGUCAAGACUACGUCAAGAAACUCGGAGGGCAGGUUCGUAGUCCGGUUGCCGUUUGCGGCCAAGACUAGAUUUGAAUGCUCGAGAGAUAUAGCCCUGUCGUGUCUCUUUCGAAUGGAGAGACGAAUUAUGAAAAGUCCCCGACUAUCCUUAUCUUAUAAUAAUUUUAUGAGAGAGUAUUUGCAGUUGAAACACAUGGAGCUCGUGCCGCCGACUCAGAUCUCGGCUCCGAGCUUUUAUCUGCCGCAUCAUGGAGUGUUUAAAUCGGAGAAUUCGGACAAGAUCAGAGUCGUUUUCAAUGCUUCGCAGAAGGCUGCGAACCGAGUAUCGCUCAACGAGACUUUGUUGACCGGCCCAAAACUGCAAAAGGACGUCACGUCAGUGAUUACCCGGUGGCGUCUCUUCAGAUUUGUCUUCGUCACGAACAUCGUCAAGAUGUUUCGACAAAUAUUGGUGCACCCAGAGGAUACCGAUUAUCAGCGCAUACUUUGGCGCUCAACAAAAUCACAGCCGGUACAGGAUUAUAGAGCGCUUACAGUCACUGUAGCAGUACAUCUAAUGUACUGGCUACAAGUGGCGACUUACGAGGCCCGCGAGCCGGCAUUCGCGCGUAUACAAUAG